GCGGAAGGUGUGAUUAGGUAUGCGGAAGUUGCUAAUGUUUGGACUGUGAAACCUGGAUAAAACAAUGAAUAUAACUUGAGUCAUUGCUCCGAUUCCAUCGUGUAAGGAACAGGUGUAUUUAUCUGGAGAUCAUGUGACCUGUGCAGCAGAGCUCAUUUAGGUGGUUUUGUAGGAACAGGGACUGAGAGACAGUCAGGAUGCUGGAGUCAUAUGUUACUCCACUGUUGAUGAGCUAUGUGAACCGCUACAUUAAGAACCUGAAGCCUUCUGACCUGCAGCUCUCACUCUGGGGGGGUGAUGUGGUGCUCAGCAAGUUGGACCUCAAACUGGAUGUACUGGAGCAGGAACUGAAGCUUCCCUUCACUUUCCUAAGUGGUCAUAUCCAUGAGUUGCGAAUACAUGUACCAUGGACCAAGCUGAGCUCCGAACCAGUUGUUGUCACAAUCAACACCAUGGAGUGCAUCCUCAAGCUGAAAGAUGGUUCUCAGGAUGAGAAUGAGAGCAGUACAUCCAGUUGGAGUGCCUCUGAGAAGAAUGUGCCUAAACCUCGACGAAUCCAGCAGACUUCCCCUGACCCUGACUUACCCCCAGGCUAUGUACAGAGUCUAAUCCGCCGUGUAGUAAAUAACUUGAACGUCGUGAUCAAUAACCUGAUUCUGAAGUACGUGGAGGAUGACAUUGUGCUGUCCGUCAACAUCACUUCAGCUGAGUGCUGCACAGUGGAUGAGCAGUGGGAAAGAGCCUUCAUGGACAUCACAUCUCCUAAGCUUGUUUUGAGGAAGGUGAUAAAUUUUGCAGACUGCACAGUGUGUUUGGAUAAGCGGAAUGCCAGUGGGAAAAUUGAGUUUUAUCAGGACCCAUUGCUCUACAAGUGCUCCUUCAGAACCCGGCUUCACUUCACCUACCACAACAUCAAUUACAAAAUCCCAGCCAUCAUCAAAAUCCACACAAUGGUUGACAGCCUUAAGUUGUCUCUGACAGACCAACAGCUUCCCAUGUUUGUGCGGCUGCUGGAGCUCGCAGUGGCUCUAUAUUAUGGGGAGAUCAGAGCUCAGAGAGAUGGAGAGAGAGAGGAGAGUUCUUCUACUAAUGAAGUUGUGGUUAACAUUCCAGCAGGGGUGGUGAAUGAGGGCAUGGAUCCAAAUGCACCAGGUCAAUAUUCAACACCAGAUCAGUACAUGCAAAAUGACAAUGAAGAUCAGGGCUGGGUGUCAUGGGCCUGGUCGUUUGUCCCAGCCAUCAUCAACACUAACGAGGAGGAGGAGUAUUAUGCUGAGAUGGAGAGCACCGGGAAUCCUAGCCCACUACAGUCCUCUCUCAGGGAACCCAUAGUCUCUGUAGGGUUCUACUGCACCAAAGCCUCAGUUACAUUCAAGCUAACAGAGAGCAGUUCUGAGAGCAGUUACUAUAGCCCUCAGAAAGUGAAGUCACAGGAGAUACUCUGUGUGGAGCAGGAAGGUAUCACUGUGGAGGCAUUGAUGAUGGGAGAGCUAUUUUUUGACUGUCAGAUUGGGGUGGUGGGCUGUAGAGCUCUGUGUCUGAAAGGUUUCAUGGGAGUGUGGGACUUUGAGAAGAAGACAGACAGAAAAGAAGAGGAUGCUGUGUUCUUCUACUGUGGAGAGAAUCUAAACACUAAAGGAGUUACCUACUUGACCAAUUCAUUAUUUGACAGCCGCAGCCCAGAAAACAAUGGGGUUCGUGCAGAAUUCAUACUCGAUGCCAACCUCCACAAGGAGACCUACACUGAAGCUGCAGGGCUACAACGUUUUGGUGCCUUCUAUCUAGAUUACCUCUACACAAUGGAGAAUGAGAGUGGAACAGGGCAACAGGAUUUCUCUUCGAUGGGUAAGGUGGACUCUAGUCAGUCGGUGCAGGAAAUGUCGAUAAAACGAUUGGUCAUUGGCCCCCUGGAUCUACUGCUUCAUAGCAGUGCUGUCCAUCGCAUCUUGAAAAUGAUCGCCUGUGCCAUGGACCAUGAGUAUGAGCCCUACUACACACUGAAGCCAGAUGUGAUGGAGGAGAACAAGGAGGUUCCUUCAGUGAAUGAGAAAGACUUGGAAGAAUUUAUCCCAACACGGCUGACAUGUGUCACAAUACUAAAGGCCUCCAUUACUGUUACCAUGGCAGAAUUCAACCUGUUGCAUAUACUGCUUCCUGCUAUAUUGGGCCAGAAGGGUUUGGCUGCACAGUCAAAUACUACACAGUUCCAUCCAGUGAGGCCACUGCCUGCACUCCGUAUGCAGGUAGAGAGGGUAAAUCUGGAGCAUUCAGUACCAAUGUAUGGCACAGAGCUCAUCCGCACUGUCAGCAGCCUCAACCUGCCCUCGGACAACCUCCUGCACCACUGCUACACACACUGCUGUCUGAAGGUAUUUGAGUUGCAGGUUGGAUUGACCCUGCUGGAUAAUGAGGGAACACCUCCACCACUCUUACCCAUAAUUCCCUGCUUUAGUACUGCCCUCUAUGGGAAGAUACUUCAGUUUCCCAAUUGCUGGCCAAAGAGGUCCACAGUGUCCAUAACAGAGUACCUGUUUGAGUUACCGAAAUUCACAGUGCAGGCCACUCAUGCUCAGAUGUUGCUGCUACACUGUUUGUGGCAGAGCUGGACACACAGCACAGAGAGUGGGGUCGGUCCCACUGUCAGCGACUCACUCAUCAAUGAGAUCUACAGAACACUAGGUGUAAAAUGUGCUCCGACUUUGGAGGUAUCAGUACAGAGUGUGGAGCUGAAGGUGUGCCAGAAGUCAAUGCUAUGGUGUGCUUCAGGAAUGUUGGGAGCGGUCACAGUGUGUUCCAGGACUCAGGGUAUAGGUGAGCGGCAGAAGGAGCAGCUGGUGGUAGUGCUGCAGGGCCCAGCUGACACACGAGAGCUAUACAGUAGACAGUGGCUGAGUGAGAACCGUCGUCCACAGUCUCUUCUAGCACCAGACCUACUCACGUUCUCGCUACAGAUCCCUCAGCCCACUGGAGACUGGCAUAACUCUGGCGCUGUACUACUUGUUGGUGUGCAGGGCAUUGCUGUUAAUGUUGAUCCUAUAUUAUCCACUUGGCUGCUGUACCAUUCUCAGAGACCCACAACAAGCAGGCAGACACAACAGACUGUUGGUAGUGGCUCCAUGUUGAUGAUGAAGAUGAGGGAAGAUGAAGCAUCGGUGGCCAGUACCCCACUGGCCAAACAGCUUUCCAAUCAGGCAUCAGACUACAUCAGCAGCCCGAUGAAGACAAAGACCAUAACAGAAUCUCGUCCCCUUUCUAUCCCACUGAAGAUUACAAAGUCAGCAACUGAGUGUGCAGCUUCAGAUGAGUGGAUAAAGAAUCUAAUCACACAGACUUGGGAUGCUGUCAAACGUCUUACGCUGCAGGUGGAGCUGCAGUCAUGCUGUGUAUUUGUGCCUAAGGACACCUUGCCAUGUCCCUGCACCAUAGUGUGUGGUGAUAUCCCAGGCACUGUGCGCAGCUGGUAUCACAGCCAGGCCUCCAUGCCAGGGACUCUAGUAAUCUGUCUGCCACAAGUCAGUGUGAUGAGUGCUGGGCAUAGGCACAUGGAGCCUUUACAGGAGAUUCCCUUCACCGUGCCAAAACCUGUACUGGAGGAGGGUGAUGCUUUCCCCUGGACAGUGACAGUAGGCCAGUUCAGCAUAUAUACUUUGCUGGGCCAUCAGCGCUCUCUCUCUCUCCUGGAACCGGUAGGGUGUACCUCUACCCUCGCUGUCACCUCUCACAAACUACAGCCGACUUCUCCAUCUCUCGACUCCAGACAUGCCUUUAUCAUGUGCCUGCAUGUAGACCUACAACCACUUCACUUGAAAGUCUCCAAUCCACAGGUCCAACUGUUAUAUGAGCUGUUUCUAAAUUGGAGCAGUAUUUGGGACUGUCUGCAGAGAAGAGGAAUCUUGUGGCAUGCAUCUGGCUUUCAAGGGGAAACUCCUCCACCACCUGCUGGAUCUACCUCCCCCUUCCACAGUAGUGCAGGCACUAUUCCUCCUGAUAAUGUCAGCCUAAGUCGUUCAGCUGACCUGGGCUCCCCCACAGAGGGUGAAUCUGUGCCGACCGGUGAGGACCCCUCCUUCUGUGAGCCGAUAACUCUGGAGCAAAAGACAAGCACAAUUGGUGGUGCCAGUGGGAAGGUUAGCCUGUGGAUGCAGUGGAUGCUGCCCAAACUGACUGUCAAACUGUUUGCUCCAGACCCAAAGACAAAGACAGAGAUCUGUGUGCUCAGUGAACUGGAGGAUCUAAGUGCCUCAGUGGACAUGCAGGACGUGUACACCAAACUGAAAUGUAAAGUGAGCAGCUUCAACAUUGACCAUUACAGAAGCAGUGGGAAGGCUGGUCCCAUGUGGCCAGGUGUGUGUAGCGGGGUGUUGCUAUCCUGCACGGACAAACUGAACCGACGUACCCUGCUGCUCCGCCAAGCCAAGCACCAAGACUCCUUCAGCCACUUCUCUGCCUUCUUUUCUCCUAUGGCAGCAAAGGCUUUGGAAGCAUGUCAGCAGCCUCAUGGCUUCCUGUCACUUACAUACACACAAGCUGUGACCUGCAAUGUCCUCCAUAAGCUAACCGCACGACAAGAGACAGCAGGACCUCAGAGGCUGAAUAGUGCUGGGUCUGAUGGCUCCCCACAGCAUCUGCACGAAAUCUUGCUGACUGCUCAGCCAUUUGACCUGGUGCUCUCAUGCCCCCUACUGGCCAGCAUAACCCAGGUAUUCCACACAGUCUCGCCUCCACCUUCCAGAUGGGCAGUGAAAGAGUACCGGUCAGCUGGCCAGCCAAUGAGAGGCUGUUCCUUCUCUUCAAGCAGUCUGCCACUCAUCUAUGUCACUACCAGUGUGAUCCGAGUCUUCUGCCCUCUUCAGGACAGCAAUUUUCAUCUGAAGGAGAAGACAGAGGACACACUAGUUCUCAAGAUAGGAUCAGUCAGUGUGGCUCCUCAAGCAGAUAAUCCUCUCACCCGUACCAUACUGCGAAAAGAUAUCUACCAAAGAGCACUGAAUCUGGGUGUUCUGCGUGACCCAGGGUCAGAGGUUGAGGAUCGUCAAUAUCAAAUCGACCUCCAAAGCAUCAAUUUGGGCACUGCACAAUGGGGGCAGCUUCAGCCUCAGGCAGAAGGAACGAAGGGCAGCACACCAACUGAAGGUGAAAGAAAUUCUCAAAAUCCAGCACUGGAGUGGAACAUGGCCAGCAGCAUCCAGAAGCACCAGGAGAGGAGAGCAAUCCUCACGCCUAUCCUGACUGACUUCUCCAUACGCAUCACUGCAGCUCCUGCGAUCAUCUACAGUAAACCUGUCACCUCUGACAACAGUCCAAUGGAGGAUAUUGUGGUGUGUGGACAUAGUCUGGAGUUAAAUGUCACAUCGGCCCUGGAGAUGUUUCUAAGUUUGUCUCAGGUGCAGCUCAUCCAACAGCUGAUCCUUUCCAACAUGGUUAUUUUUGGGUCUUCAGAAAAAAGCACAGAGAAGCACAAGCAGACCCUUCACCGUGGAAAUGUUUAUACUGCAGGGUAUGUGGAGACUUCGAGGAUGGGGUCUGUCCCCUGUGGGCAGGACAGUGGUUUUGGCAGUGACAGUGAACACCUGCGCUUUGGUCAUUAUGACCAACACAGGACCACUAGCCACCGACAACUAACAUGCCUGUCCCGUCAGCCUACCAUCACCAAGAAUCUCUCCUUCAUCCCUUUUGACAUUUUUCUGACUGCCGGCAGCCUCACUCUCAUGACUUAUAUAAUGACCCAGGAUUCAGCAUCAACUAAAGAAUCCACUGAACAUACACACAAGAAAUUCAACAUACCUAAGAAAAAUUCAGAAAAUAUUGAGCCUCAGAUGCCUGAGCUGGUCACAGCAGGAGAUCUGCCCAAUAAUUCUUCAGGGACAGGAUUUCUUAUGUCAGAAGGGUUGCCAGCUUCUAGCAGGGAACACGUAAGGCAAGCACUGGGUGUUACUGUCGUCAGACAGCCUGGGAGACGGGGUGUAGAAGGAGGUCUGUUGCAGCCGCUUCUUUUCCUGCAGCUCACCCAGCCAUCUGUCCUUCUAAGCUGCCAUCAGCGCAGACAGCGCCUAGAGCUCUCGCUGUUUGACCUCACAGUGAAGGGAGUUGCCUGUGAUUACACCUACCAGGACACAGGAAAGUCUCUGCCAGAAUCUCUAGAUUACAGUGUUUUUUGGUUAGAGACAGUGGCAGGAGAGGUAGAUAGCAGGACUGGAAUCCCUCCGCCUCUUCUCUCUCUCUGCAUCAGAGACUUCCUUAAUGGGCCAGCUGAGCUAAAGGUGGAGCUAUGUAGGCCACUGAAAGUGAACCCAACACCCACUAAGCUGGAGCAGAUUAAGACAUGGAGGAAAAUCUUCUCAGAUGGGUUUAAUGUACUUGGCACCUCUUCCUGCUUCCCUGAGGCAUCUCACAGCACCAAUCUGAGUGACAGCAAUGCAGUCUCUCCUUCGAUUUCCAGUCGAAUAGCAAACAUCCUUCAGACCUUCGGUCCCUUUUAUAAGGUCUCUCUCCAGACUGUGCAGAUGAUCGUCAUGAUGGAAAUGGAGCACCCUCUCCAACCCACUCUCACAUUUUCUGUGUCCAGUAUGACAGCUGUACUGAGCACAAAGAGUGUACAGCAACCAGUUGACAGUGCAAAGGAAGUGUGUGUUUUAUGGAACUGUGAGGAUGUGUUGAUGCAGACGGGUCUGAAGGGCAGCAGAAGUGCAUUUGUUGGGCCAUUCUCCUGCAGUUUGGAUCUGGAUGUCCUCUGGUGCAGACACUGUGGUAGCCCUGACACUGGCCAACCAAGAAUUUUACUGGAACUGAGAGGAGGAUUACUACAGGUAUUUUGGGGGCAGGAGCACUACAAUUGUCUUAGUCUGAUUCAAGAGUAUCUGCAGAGCUAUCUGAAAGAGGUCGAAAGUCAGGAGGAGGAAGACAAAGAAAUUCCCAUUCCCUCACAACAGUCACUUUCUCUUAGCUCACGCUCCCACCACACAGAACAUUCCUCAGAUGACCUGCGCACUGGCAUCUUCCGGUACAUCCAGGGAUCAGAUUCUCAGAAGCUGCCAGGUGUGCAUGAAGUAAUGUUCUAUAAUGAGACCGAGGACAGUCCUGGUGUGAUGAUGUGGCGGUAUCCAGAACCUAGAAUUCUCACCUUUGUGCGCAUUACCCCUGUGCCUUUCAACACUACUGAAGACCCAGAAAUCAGCACUGCUGACCUGGGGGAUGUGCUACAGGUACCAUGCAGUCUGGAGUUCUGGGAUGAACUGAGGAGAGCUUUUGUGCCAUACCGAGAGUUCAACCUGUCUGAAAGCAAUGUGUGUGAGCUCAAAAUGCCCACACUAAAUUUCCACACAUAUCAGAGUGACCUUGUGCCUUCUAAUCUCUGGAGAGUUGUGGUUAACAAUACAGCAGAUGGAGGAGAUGAGAGCUCAGAAAGUGAGUCGGGUUCCCAGUUACAUUGUGAGCAGUUGGUAUCUCCUACUGCACUGGCAGCAUGUAUGCAGGUCGACUCCUGUUUUGCACCGUGGCUUGUGCCAUCACUGGGUGUGUCAGUGAAACUGGCCCACCUGGAGCUACGGCUGUGCCAUCACCUGGAACAGCUUGGUAAAGCUCCAUCCCAGCGGCUCCGUCCCUUCCUUCCAGACAGGAAGUUGCCAUUUGUUCAAGAGUUUGCGGUGGUGUCUCUGCGAGAGCCAAAAGCAUUUGUGCGAGACUGGAGUGAUGGGGCUCAACUAGGGCAGGAGCUGCACUUGUAUUCCACACUGCAGUGCCAAUUAGUGGACUACCGGAACCUUACCCUCUUGCCUCUCCUGCAACCAUUUAGCCUACAGGGCCAUGCCAUUAAAAAAUACACACACUCCCAGCAAACAGAGCUGAUGUUCAAUUUCAAUAUGUUCUUGGAGCCCAUGUUGAUUACAGUGGGGCAGCACAUUAUACAUACCUUGGACAUAGCAGUGAAAGCAUGGAAACAGAACCUGAAGCCAGAGGCAGAGGAACUCAUUUUCUGUCACUAUGUAGUCUGUAACGACACACAGGAGACACUAUGUUUUGGUCAGGUGGAUACAGAUGAAAGUGUUGUGCUGUCUAGUGGACAAAGCCACCAGUAUUGUUGGAGAUCGCACAAAGCCCCACAGCUGCUGCAUGUGUGUAUUGAAGGCUGGGGUAACUGGCGCUGGUCAGAGCCAUUCAGUAUUGAUAAUGUGGGGACAAUGGUCAGAUGCAUCCAAAGGAACAGCCAAAUUGCUUCACUCAUUAUUAAAAUCCAGCAGCUGAAUGGAGUGCAGAAGCAGAUUAUUAUCUGUGGAAGGCAAGUGAUCUGUAACUACUUGAGUGAGGUGAUUGAGGUGCAGUUGGUACAGCGCUGUGUUGGGCUGGAGGACCAGGUGCAGAUGCGAAAGCUACAAUCUUCUGUUGAUCCAGAGAGCAAGUUACCUUCAUAUGUGCUGGAGGACUCUGAGGUGACUGGUGUCUGUGUGCGUCAACAAAAAGAUCAGGAAUGGUCCCAGGAUGUAUAUCUUAAACAUACGUCUGUGAACAACAGCUGUGUGCUUCAGUUCCCAUCUUCUACUGGGUCCUUGGUGUCUGUCUGUUGCACAAUAAUAACUCUGGAACCCAACUCUAAUAUGCAGCAAAGAGUGGUGGUUUUCAGUCCUCUAUUUGUAAUGCGGAGCCAUCUCCCAGACGUUGUCUUCGUGCAGGUAGAAAAGCGGAGUUUGGGGCAGAAGGAAUGCCAGCUCAUACAAGGCCAAGGGCGGGAGCAAGCUCUGUUCAACUUGGAGCCAAACCUAACACACCACCUCAUCUUUCAAGCCAGUGAAGAAAGAGAUAUAUCCCACUGUGCAGUACCAAUCUCCUCAAAUCUUAUCAAGCAAAUUCUGAAUAAAGCUGGCCCAGAGAAGAGUGAAAACCUCAACAAAAUCCUGGAACACUUCUAUGGCCCCAGAAGUUGUGACUCACCAUCCUGGCCCUACACCUACAAAAACCCAGACAAGCAGGAGACAGAGCCAGUAGCUCAGUGGGACAGUCCCAUGCAGGUGCGCUUAUGUGCAUGGAAGACAGGUUUGAGCACUCUUCUUGUGGAGUUGUUGCCUUGGGCUCUGCUCACCAACCAUUCUCAGUGGGAUCUCUGGCUCUUUGAGGAUGAGAGCAUCGUUCUCCAGAUUCCUGCUGGCAAGACCAUUGUGCCCCCAAACUUUAAGAAGGCAUUUCAAAUUGGCCUUUAUUGGCCCCACACUAAUACAGUUCACAAGUCAGAAGCAGUGCAUCUGCUACAUGAUUUAACCUCACCACGCUGGACAGAGGUGGGUGGAGCCAAGAUUCUGAGCCUGGAUGAGGAGGGAUAUGUGGAUGCUGACAUAAUUCUUGGAGCCCCACCCAGACAGAAGCUCUGCCAGUUCUGUGUGUCCUCCACAGUGAGGUAUGGGAUUCAGAUCUUACAGAUUGAGGAUAAAACCAUUCUAUUGAACAACACAAAGCAUACCAUUAAUUACAAAGCACUGCUGUCUGAACAUCUAGUGUCUAUACCUGAGCAGCCUUAUAGUCACUCGCACACAAGUGUGUGGACAAUGGAUCCUGGGUCAGAGGCUGGCAGUCCUUCAAGGUGUGCAGUGUCUUGCUGGGAUGUGUUGAAAGAGAACCCCACAGAAGAGCUUUCCUCUAUGCUACCCCAAAAGCGAAUUCUUCUCAGCUGCAUGAUAGAAUCCAAACAGGAUGAGAAAUUAUGGAGCCUGCCAGUCCCUGUGCAAUCUGAUUUUCCAAGACAAAGUGUGGCUGUGCCCAUACAGCAGAAUGAUGACAACCCCCUCACCACCAGGGCCCUGGUUGUGACAUAUCUGGAGCAUUUAGGAAUCAACUACAUAGCUGUGAGUGAGGACCAAUGUCCCCGCAUGCUGAUCCAUAACCUUUGUCCUAAAACCCUGCUGCUGAAGGAAAACCUUAAAGAACCUGCUAGGGCAGAGGUGUUCUGUAAGAGGCUGCCCCCUCUGUGCUCUGUGCACCAUGAGAUGUACUACCAUUUGUCCAGUUUCCCUGAAUGCAGGCAGAGAGAUACUCUGCCCUCAGUGAUGCUCAGCAUCGCCUCUGAUGCACCCAGCCCUGCGGCCACUCCUACCACUCCCAAAUGGACUGAUGACAUUGACAUUAACAGCCUUGGCACACAGGUAGCGGUCUUGCCAGGUUUUGGGUGUUUAUAUAUUACUGUAGCUUGUCAGAAUGGCACCAUUGUCCUCACCCUUGCACCUGAGAGCUGUGAUGAUGCUGCGAUCAACAGACACCAAAGAGUAUCUAAUCAGAUGCUGUCUUUCCAUGUGAUACUAAGUGAAGUUAGCAUGGCACUUUGUGAUGACAUCACGAGUCCGACUGGCUCGGUGGAACUCUUGCGUUUAACCAUGUCUAAGGUUUUGGUAUUGCUGCCCUUACCAGAGCCCACUAUGGGUGAGACGCCAACCUUUAAUGGUCACCAUGUGAAGAUACUGUGUGGCAGCCUGCAGGUGGACAACCAGCUUUACAGCUGCUCAAGUUUUCAUUUUCCUGUCCUGCUGUGUCAGGAGCAGUUACCAGACACAGAUUUGUGGGUGGGUGUUAAGGACUUGAUCAUAAAUCCUGAGGCUUUAGAGGAGUUACGCCAGAUGUGUUUCCUGUGUGUGGGCCUCACAUUGUCCAGCAAUGGGUACCACCUAGAAAAGGUCAGCUUCAAACUUCAACCAGCCCGCAUCUAUCUGGAGGACACCUUUAUAUACUACCUGAAAACACUAUUCCAUACCUAUGUACCUGUUUCUGUUGUGGGUGACAAAGAGUUUGGAGACCCCAGUCUCAUUAUACCUGUACAGGUUUACCAGUCAAUGCAGACUCUUGUUAGGCCUGUCCAACUACAGCAGCUGUUAAUUGAACCAGUCAGUCUUUUGGUCAGUAUACAUGCUUCUCUGAAGCUCUAUAUUGCAUCAGACCACACACCACUUUUCUUCUCCAUUUUUGAACGAGGGCCACUCUUUACCACUCCACGUCAGUUGAUACAUGCACUAACAUUGCACUAUGCUGCAGGAGCCCUUUUCAGAGCAGGUUGGGUUGUGGGUUCUUUGGAGAUCCUCGGCAGUCCUGCAAGCCUUGUACGCAGUAUUGGAAAUGGAGUGGCUGAUUUUUUCAGGUUGCCAUAUGAAGGACUAACACGUGGUCCCGGAGCCUUCGUCAGUGGUGUGUCUCGUGGAACCAGCUCAUUUGUCAAACACAUUUCAAAAGGCACUCUGACGUCCAUUACCAACUUGGCCACAAGUCUAGCACGGAACAUGGACAGACUGUCUUUAGAUGAGGAAUAUUACACACGCCAAGAGGAGUGGAGGAGGCAACUCCCAGAGACUCUGGGUCACGGCCUGCGCCAAGGCCUGUCCUGCUUGGGACUCAGCUUACUGGGAGCAAUAGCAGGAAUUGUAGACCAGCCCAUGCAAACAUUUACAAGGUCUAUAGAGGCUCAAAGCACUGCAGCCAGUACUGCCCGUGGUGUCAUCUCUGGAGUGGGAAAAGGCAUUGUGGGAAUUUUUACCAAACCAAUCGGAGGCGCUGCUGAGCUUGUGUCACAGACAGGAUAUGGUAUUCUGCAUGGUGCUGGGCUUUGGCACUUGCCAAAGCAGCUGUACCUGCCGACAGACUUAAAAUCAGCUGAUGGAGCCAAUAGCCAUCUUAAAUAUGUUUGGAAGAUGAUGCAGUCUGUGGGGCAUCCGGAAGUACACAUGGCACUGUGUGUAUGCAUGAUGAGCAGUUCAGGGCAGGAGCAUGCAGGCUGUCUGCUCCUAAGUGGAGAGGUGCUCUUUAUUGUGAGUGUGUGUGAAGACACACAACAGCAGGCCUUUCCUAUUACUGAGGUACAGUGUCAACAGGAUGCACACAACCCUGAAAAACUCACACUCACUCUGCAGCAGCAUCGAGUUACCAGCAACAGUGAGGGUGACGGUGUUCGUGAGCGUUUAUCUGAGCAGCAAUACCGUUGGUUGAUGGACUAUGUAACGUGUGUUUCGCAGUACUUCUCCUCUUCCUCACUCUUCCAGCCACCAGUCGUCAUGUCAGCUGAACCGGCCCCAAGUAUCACCAAAACCUAUCAUUACCGUGCAGACCCCGCCUACAUCCAAGUCUUCAUCUGUAAAUUCAACAUGGUGAAGAAUAAGGCACUGGGCAUUGGCUUUAACUGAGAAUAUUUGUGUCCUCUGGUGCACAAAUAUAAUAUAUAAGUAUUGAGUGUUUACUUUAAGAGUGACUUCUACAUCAACAGAUCUGAGGUCAUAUGUCUGAUAUGGUAGUCUCUAAACGUUAUUCAGAUUUUCAUUUUAGAUGUCUGAAUUAGAGCAAAUUGUUGGCCUAUAUUUACAAAGAAGGCUGCAAUAUGGACACUCUACACUGUCAUGUCGAAUGCAUUCUUUUGUUAAACCAUAUUUUAUGUUGCAAAAAAUAUUGAUGAAUAUGGUUGUAUGGAAGUACUAUUUAAAUACAAGAUGUUAAUUUGGACUUAAAUCUGUUUGGGGGCCUUUUUCUCUGACUGUGAAAGAAAACAACAUUUUAAUUUGGACUGGUUUUAAACCUGUUAACUGGUUCUUAGUCCAUUUUUUAAAAUAAGAAUAUUGUUAAAUGUCAAUUUUGUUUAACCUUAAUAGCCAUUGUAAAUUGCCAUCAUGCACAAUUAAUAAUAUGUAAUAUAUUCUGAUUAAAAAAUGCAAAAUAUUCCUAGAUCUCGAGC